CAUGCCUUCCGCUGGGAGCGACUUGUAAUGGUGUUCACGCCGAAACAGCCGAUGUUAGCGAUCUUUUCUCGAACAGAGUAUGGCGUCAAUCGCUACUGCUAGGAUUACACGGGCUGCCAGUGUUCGACCGGGGGAGAGAGUGAUUUGCCUUUAGCUGGAAUGAACGUCGAUUUAUAGUUAGCCUCCAUUCUCCUUUGCCGUGAUGUCUGCAGUCGUAUUCGCCAUGAGCUGGGGCCGUGUCUAUUAGAUGUCUGACUAUCUCUGCCACCGGUAUUCUACCACCGUUACUAUGCUGACGACAAAUUCCUCGUCUCGGUGUAUGCAAGGGCAGGGAACAACACGCUGAAGCCAACCCUUCGGGAGAUUCAUCGAGUGGUACUAUUUCUCAUACGAACAAGAGGUAAGAGCCUACCCCUUUGUUUCAAGACACACAGAUGUAUUUGUUUCUGUGGAUCGUAAGUGGCCAAAUUCGAACGGAUAUAGGGAUAUGUAUUUCCCCGGUAUCUGAGGUGUGUCUAGAGAUACCGCUGCUUAGACGAUGGACUGUUGUUCUAAGAAGAGACUACUAACAGUCAUGACAAGUAUCUGUGCAUGUGCGGCAUUCGGCUUACUGUGUAUUGCCGUUGCUACAGAUUACUGGCUUUACACCGAAGAAAAGAAGAAGGAGUCCGAAUUUAACUCAACUAGCCCCAUGUACCGGAAGGUUUACUCAGGACUGUGGAGGAAGUGUGAGGAAAAAGAUCAGAAUCCCGGAGUGCCAAGAUGUAGCUAUAUCAAGUACUUCACGGGGGAUGACGACCGAGAAGGCCUGGGACCUACGGACGCUAUACUGUUAAACAUACGGCGGGCGACGAUGUUUCCUCUAGUCAGCCUCUUAAUUCUACUGAUCGGAGGAAUAAUGUGUUUUGUCGGACAUUGUAAUUCGGGCAGAAAAAUUUUAACAUUCGUAUGUGGAAUUCUAUUUGUUUUAGCGGGCCUGUGCACCCUCGUCGGGAUCAUCCUCUACAUCGGCAGCAUCACGGAGGAGGUAGGCAAUAAGCCCCGGGCCAGUAUAGAAGAGCCUAAGUUUAAAUACUAUUAUGGAUCAUCCUUCAUCAUGGCAGUCGGCUCGUUCGUGUUAACUGAAUUAUCAGGCGUGUUUUCAGUGUACCUAUAUAUUACUAAACACAAACAAUCACAAAGGAAAAAGCUACAACAAGCAUUGAAAACUGAAACAAACGACAAUAGAGCGAACAACUGGCGGUAUAGACGACCUCGGUCGCAGUCUCGCGACCGGUCUCAGUCGCGAGACCGAUCUCGAGAUCCUUCAGUAAGUCGCUCCGAAAGCUACUUCACCUAUACGCCAAUCUCCGAUACGUCUCAUGAAUUGUCGAACUACACAUUUCAAAGGGAUGUAUCUAGAAAUACUAUAUCCACAACAGCGGAAAUGCACGCUCAUGCCCAGCAUGCGCAGAAGGAGGCCGCUGCAGCGCCCUCUAUUGAUAUUGUAAGGAGGACAACUCCAGUGUGAUGGAUUUCACCUUGCAACAGCACAGGCUCAUGUCAAUUGUAGAGAGGUAUCAAUAUCUGUUUUGUUGGAUUUGAUGUGUUACGUCUCGGUAUACGGGACCUGGUGUAUUUGGGAGUGAGUGCCGUAGGCAUUUUGGGAAGAAAUGGACGUGAAUACAUUGUGGUUUUCCAAGACGGCAAACCUAAUGUUGUGGAAUAUGAUAUUCAUAGAGUGUGUUUGUCGUCUGCGCCAGGACAAAGCCUGUUGACGGUAGUGUGUCUGGUCCCUCCAACGAGACCGGAUGUGUAUGCGCCCACGACAAAGCGAUAACAUCGAGUGGCGGAACGUGUACUCUGGUACUGCCACCAGAGAGCGCGCGGAUAAGGUCAGUAUCAGGCCACGAGCUGGGAAAAGCAGGUUGACCUUGUGGCAGGUCAAGGUGAAGGUCAGGGUCAAGGUCGACCCUUCAAGAUGGCGCCGCACCCCGUGUCGGUAUGCCAAUAUCAUCAUUGGAUUCCUUUUUUUCUUUUUGAUUUUCCAAAUAAAGGGAUGUAUCGGUUUCGUGUUCAUAUGUAUAAUGUUUAAUAUGAAGAGAAGUAUAAUGUUUUGGUCGAAUGUGUACUAGAUAUCACAACUGCUCACAAAUGUUGUUUAAUUUUGCUGAGCGCUUUUUGGGAAACUAAGUCAUGUUUUGUUCUCAUAUAGGGUCGCACAAGUUUUCUGUUCUGUCUGUACAAAAGUCAAAAACUUUUGUAUGUCCAAUUUUGUACAAUAAAAGAGAAAACUACACAUA